AUGCAUCCUAUUUUCCCCGAAGGCCCCGUUGAUCUAAUACUUCGGGUGUUAGGCCACCAUAUUCUCCGCAUCAAGACGGAAAAUGAAGUGGCUGUGAUGAUGUGGCUGCGCAAGAACACUACCAUUGCCGUUCCAGAGGUGGUUCAGUUCGAUGUUAUGUUUAACAACGUGUUGCAACAUGAAUUUACUCUUCUAGAGCGCGUUCGCGGCACGACUCUGCAUGAGAUCUACGAUCGUCUCUCGCAGGAGCAGCUGGAACAGGGUUGUCAAUCAAAUCAUCGAUAUCUUGACUGCAUCGUCGCUCUUGGGAUGGAGUCUCGGAACUAA